AUUAUAUAUUUAUCAUCACAUGGCUACAUAUAAGCCCAAGAACAUCCUCAUCACUGGGGCUGCUGGAUUCAUAGCGUCCCAUGUCGCCAACAGGCUUGUUCGAAGCUACCCUGACUACAAAAUCGUUGUGCUUGACAAGCUUGAUUACUGCUCAAACCUGAAAAACCUCAAUCCUUCGAAAUCCUCUCCAAACUUCAAGUUUGUCAAGGGAGACAUCGCCAGUGCUGACCUCGUCAACUACCUUCUCAUCACUGAAAACAUCGACACGAUUAUGCACUUUGCUGCUCAGACCCAUGUCGACAAUUCCUUCGGUAACAGCUUCGAGUUUACCAAGAACAAUAUUUACGGCACCCAUGUCCUUCUGGAAGCUUGCAAAGUCACUGGGCAGAUCAGGAGGUUCAUCCAUGUGAGUACCGAUGAGGUCUAUGGAGAGACUGAUGAGGAUGCUUCAAGGUACUUCCUCGAUGACCAGAAGCUGAAGAAGUUGGGAUGGUCUGAACGAACCACUUGGGAAGAAGGACUGAAAAAGACAAUGGAUUGGUACACUGCGAACCCUGAGUGGUGGGGAGAUGUCUCCGGAGCUCUGCUGCCUCAUCCACGGAUGUUGAUGAUGCCUGGUGAUAGACUCUCUGAUGGCUCUGACGAGCGCAAGGAUGCAGACGGUAAUCAGACAUUCACGGUGGUUACUCCCACCAAGGCCGGUGGUUCCGCAGACAAAACAUCCUUAAAGUUCCUCAUCUAUGGCAAAACUGGGUGGCUCGGUGGUCUCCUAGGAAAGAUAUGUGAGAAGCAAGGGAUUCCGUACGAGUAUGGAAAAGGGAGACUAGAAGACAGAGCUUCAAUCAUGGCGGAUAUUCGCAGCGUCAAACCUACCCAUGUCUUCAAUGCCGCGGGCUUAACAGGCAGGCCUAAUGUUGACUGGUGUGAGUCUCACAAAACCGAGACUAUCCGAGUCAACGUCGCUGGUACUUUGACUCUGGCAGAUGUUUGCAGAGAGAAUGAUCUGUUGAUGAUGAACUUUGCCACCGGUUGUAUAUUUGAGUAUGACGCUGCACAUCCAGAAGGUUCAGGGAUUGGCUUCAAGGAAGAAGACAAACCGAAUUUCACCGGUUCCUUCUACUCAAAGACAAAGGCAAUGGUCGAAGAGCUUCUAAGAGAGUUUGACAACGUAUGCACCUUGAGAGUGAGGAUGCCAAUCUCAUCCGACUUGAACAACCCGCGAAACUUCAUCACAAAGAUCUCGCGUUACAACAAAGUGGUGAACAUCCCAAACAGCAUGACCAUACUCGACGAGCUCUUACCAAUCUCAAUCGAGAUGGCGAAGAGGAACCUACGGGGGAUUUGGAAUUUCACCAACCCAGGAGUGGUGAGUCACAACGAGAUACUAGAGAUGUACAAGAGCUACAUCGAGCCAGGUUUCAAAUGGUCCAACUUCACUUUAGAGGAACAGGCUAAGGUCAUUGUCGCACCACGGAGCAACAACGAGAUGGAUGGUUUUAAGCUCAGCAAGGAGUUUCCAGAGAUGCUUUCCAUCAAAGAUUCGUUGAUCAAAUACGUCUUCGAACCCAACAAGAGAACGUAAUACCCUCAGUAACACAUACACACACACACACUUCCUCUUUAUCUGUUCAUUGUUAUAUUAUUAUCUUGCAGGUAGUUUCACCACUAUAAUGAUUCUACUAUAAUUUUAUUUUGUCAUAUGAUUCAUUUACUCUUUUUUUGGCUUUCUACGUCGAACAUGUAGCUCUCUUGACGCAUUCUACGUCACAACACAUUUUGUUUUCAUUAAUAUUAUUUAUUAAACGAUAAAAUUGCUUGAAGUUUAUUACUUUC